AUGAAUAAAAAUGCUUCGAUAAGUUCUAGUGAUAAUAUGCAAAGGAAAAACUCAGAAUCGUCUAAACAAGAGACAGCAAGGAAUCAGAGCAAUUCUCUAACCCAAACGAAUGACGAAGCCAAUGCUGUUGAAAAGAAACAAGAUGAACCAUUUGAAGGAAAUGAUCAAUUGAAAGAAGUUAUAGCAAUGGAUUCGCAAUAUUCCGAGGAUACUUCAGCUAUGUUAGAAUCGAAUGAAAGGUCCAGUUCUGAUAGAGAUGUUUCUUUAUCGAGGCCAGAACAACCAAUGAAGCAAAAGGAUCUUCAUAUUGUUACUGGAUUUCCAAAAGCAACAUCUGAAGGGAGAUAUCAAGGAAGACAAGAAGAUCCCUAUUUCUCUCGCAAUGGAAACAAUCCGUCCUUUCACCAACCGAUGGUCCCUUCAUUCUCAAAUGUUCAUGGUGGAUUUGAUGGGAUCCCCAUUACCGCGAACAGUCCUCUUACCCACUCCUUCAACUAUCCCAUGAUGAAUCCAUAUAUGGCUGGUGCACAAUUUGGGCCUCCACCAAUGCAAAUGAAACCAGGCAUGAAUCCACAUUCCCAAUUCCAAGGUUAUCGCCGCCCUCAGGUGGCUAGAACUCAGUAUUUUGAAGAAAGCAUUCCUAUUCAGAAUCAUCCGCGCAAUAAAGAUGGGAAGAAUUGGACAGGUAAAAGGGGUCAACGAACUGUCGAGAUUCAUUUAAACUUUGGAAUAGCUUCUUCUGCAAGAUCCGUUUCUCUCCAGCCAAAGAAACGCAUUACACACGUUGUAUAUAAUUCCCGGCUCCAUCAGAAAAAUUUGAGGGUCUGCCUCCCUGGAUCUGGUUCGGUCACAGUUCCUUCAAAGUUGAAAAGGAGGUAUAAUAUGAAUGCAUUUGCUGCUCCUAUAUCUUCUUUUCCUGCUUCAACUCCUUCUAUCCCGUACAAUCCGAAUUUUCCACCUAUACCACCUAUUAACUUUUUACCUACACCUGCUAUGCCUCCAAAUUCUACCCAGCCAAACUUUUUCCAAUACGACUUUCCUCCCCAGUUUGAAUCUACCUCGUAUUCACAGAUCCCUGCCCAGGAAAAUUACGCAACUGUGAAUCGCUCUCCAUCAUUCAAUCCCGCCAUUCCGGCUACAGCUGAGACUCCCUUAGCUAGUGGAACCUUUAAUCCUCCUGCUCUUGGCGUUAGUAACCCUUCCGCUUUUUAUCAGCAUACUGCUGCUCCUCUUGGAGCCAUUGUUCCCAAUUCUGCUUUUCCCCCUUCUUCGACGUUUCCAAUGAUGCCUGCCUACUGGCCUUACCCUGCCGUUUAUGACCCCUCUACUCAAUCUAUGCUCCCUCCCAACAUUGCUACUCAUUUACCAGCUAAUGAUACGAGUUUAAUGUCAAGAAUGAAUAGUGAUACUGUUCACCCAAUCUCUCCGUCUAAUCCUACAUCUACCCCUCCAUAUGGCUAUGUUUACUGCUAUGAUCCUAACCAAUAUUACAAUGGUCAAGACAACGGUUCAAACCCUUCGUAA